UUCUUACCACCAUGAAGGGGCAAUAAGCAUUGAUUUACAAAAGAGCAAACAUGAGUGUGGGAUGAAAAAUAAAGAAUUUCUGACUGUGUGGGGUCAGAAAUUCAUUAUUUCAAUAAACUUUCUUCCCCUUUCAUAAUACAAUCCAUUUCAAUGGUUUCAUGGCCCAUCAGACUGAAUAGCUUGAAUGUCCAUAUAAUUUAUAUCUGAUUAUAUAGCAUGUUACUCUGUAUCAGACUGAAUAGCUUUGUAUUUAUCAUUUGGAGUAUAUGAUAUAUGUCAUAUAUAAUAGGUAAACAGAGAAUGUUUUCUAUUAUGUUCUUGGGCAAACAUAACACUUUUCUUAUAGAUUGCUGAAAAUGAUAAUUCACUUCUAGUUAUACCUAAUGGCAUUAGUAAAAGCCAUUUCCAUACAAAAUAAAAUAACACCAAGAAACUAUAGUUAGAUGAGCAUGGCGACAAAAAAACAACAUAAAAUUGGGGACAAGACUCAAGAGAUAGAGUGAAAGUCUUUGAAUUUUUGUCCUCUGUUUCACACUAAACCCUGAACUGAGUUAAACAAAGCCGCUCGUUCUUCGAGACAAAACACACUAUUACUAUCUCACUCUCUCUCUCUCUCUCUCUUUCUAACUCUUCCAACUGGUUCCCUCUUUCUUUCUCACUCUUCACUUUCCCUUUCAAUCAGGAAAAUCCCUGUUUUUCUUUCUCCUUUCUGUGUUUUUUCCUUCCACAUUACCUUAAAAUUUUUAUAUACCUGAAGCUUUCUUGGAAACAAACAGUCUAAUCCAAAAGUACAAGGGUUUUCCCAGCUUCAUUGGAGGCUGAAGUCAUGAGCUUUACAAGAAGACAAGUGUUCUUUGUUCUCUCUGUUUUAGCUUUGACAAUGCCAUUCUCGGCUGGAGUCACUAAUCUACGAGAUGUUUCGGCGAUUAAUAACUUGUACAUUACUUUGGGAGCACCAUCUCUAUCACACUGGCUUGCUUUUGGAGGAGACCCUUGUGGUGAAAAGUGGCAAGGUGUGGUCUGUGAUUCUUCAAACAUCACUGAAAUAAGGAUACCUGGCAUGAAGGUGGGUGGAGGCUUAAGUGAUACUUUGGCUGAUUUUUCAUCAAUCCAAGUGAUGGACUUCAGUAACAAUCAUAUCUCAGGGACAAUUCCACAGGCUUUGCCUUCUACCAUCCGUAACCUCUCUCUCUCUAGCAACCGCUUCACUGGGAACAUUCCCUUUACAUUGUCCUUUCUAUCCGACUUGUCAGAGCUGUCAUUGGGAAACAAUCUUUUAUCAGGAGAGAUACCAGAUUACUUUCAGCAGUUAUCAAAGCUGACAAAACUGGACUUAUCCUCUAACGUACUGGAGGGGCGUUUACCUCCCUCCAUGGGAGACUUAGCGGCUCUCAAGAUCCUGUAUCUACAGGACAACAAGCUCAUCGGAACACUUGAUGUUAUAGAGGAUCUUUUCUUGACCGAUUUGAAUGUAGCAAACAACUUAUUCUCAGGACCUAUACCUCCAAAUCUAUUAAAAGUUCCGCAUUUCCAAAAAGAUGGAACUCCAUUCAACACAUCAAUUAUAACACCGCCUCCACCUGCUGUUGUUCCUCCUCCUCCUACUACUACUACUCACCGUUCUCCUCCUCCUGUUACUCAUAUCCCUCCUGGUUCCACUGUUCCCCCCGCUCCGUUUGCUCCUUUUGUUCCACUCCAACUAACACCACCACUACCAUCGCCACCUUUAGUUUGGUCACCACCUUCUGAUAAUGGAGGAGGAAGUGAUCCCUGGAACUCUGUCUCAGGGCAACCUACCUUGCAAAUCUCACCUCCUUCAGGUUCAGGGUCAGGAAAGUUCUGGUCCACUCAGAGAAUCAUUCUAGUCAUCUGCUCAGUAGCCGUAAUAGUUCUUGUAUCCGGGCUGUGUGUUACACUUUGGAGAUGUUACAGAAACAAGAAGUAUAACCGUUAUAUCCCUGAAGCUCGUAAAGAUUACCAACGACCAUACUUUAACAAGCCUCCAUCUCAACCAACCACCCCCUUUAUGGCAAAAGUUUCUAGGGAGCCUAUGGUUAAGCCAUACGAUGGAUAUGGAGCCGGAGACAGAUUAUACGGCUACCCUACGCCACCAAGGGCUGAAGAGAGCCGGAGAGCGAUGCCACCUACUUCAUAUUACAAUGUUAAUGUCACACAAAAACCGCUGCAACAACCACCGAGGCGUUUCCAGUCUAAUGAUGCUGCUGCUACCAAGAGAACUGCUCAUUUUCCUCCUGGCUUGAAUACUCAAUCUUCCGCUACAGUUUUCACUGUUGCUUCACUUCAGCAAUACACAAACAGCUUCUCAGAAGAGCAUAUCAUCGGUGAAGGGUCGCUUGGUAAUGUAUACAAAGCCGUGUUUCCUCAUGGAAAGUUUCUUGCGGUGAGGAAGCUGAGCAAUACAAUCAACAAUACGCAGAGCGACGGUGACUUCCUCAAUCUAGUCUCAAACGUUUUGAAACUGAAACGAGGGAACAUACUUGAGUUUCUUGGUUAUUGUAAUGAGUAUGGUCAAAGGCUGCUUGUGUAUGAGUACUGUCCUAAUGGUUCGCUUCAAGACGCAUUACAUUUGGACCGCAAAUUGAACAAGAAGCUCACUUGGAAUGUGCGUAUGAAUAUCGCCUUAGGAGCUGCCAAGGCACUUCAGUUUCUUCAUGAGGUGUGUCAACCACCUGUUGUACACCAGAACUUCAAGUCUUCCAAGGUUCUACUUGAUGGAAAGCUCUCAGUACGCGUUGCAGACAGCGGUUUAGCUUAUAUGUUACCACCACGUCCAACGAGCCAGAUGGCGGGUUAUGCUGCUCCUGAGAUUGAGUAUGGAAGCUACACUUGUCAAAGCGAUGUGUAUAGCCUUGGGGUUGUGAUGUUAGAACUGCUAACUGGAAGCAGACCAUUUGACAGGACAAGGCGGAGGGAUCAGACACUAGCUCAGUGGGCUAUACCACGGCUUCAUGACAUAGAUGCGUUGACAAGAAUGGCUGAUCCGUCGUUACAUGGAGCAUAUUCAGUGAAAUCUUUGUCACGUUUUGCAGAUAUUAUAUCACGUUCUCUCCAGAUGGAACCAGGAUUCAGACCGCCUGUAUCAGAAAUUGUCCAAGAUCUUCAACGUAUGAUCUAAAGAUAUCUACAGCCUUUUAAGUUUUAAGACUACGACGCAGAAUAUAUGUUUUAUUGUUCAGAUUCUUGUUUUAUUGGGCAUCAUCAACACAUCCUUUUGAUGAAUGUAACAUAUAAAUAUCAUGAUGUAACGUAAUUCUUGUAUUGGUUAUAUGUCAAACAUGUCUUAGUUACUCAAAUAAUUGAUGUUUUUUUUUGUAUUUUAUGUAACGAAAGAAGGUGGUUGAUUAGGA